AUGGGUAAACUCAAGAAGAGAUCAAGAUCAUCAAGACAUCGUGUCAAUCCUCUUUCAAAUCAAAGCAAAGAUGAAAGACUAGAUGCUUCCUUAAGAGAAAGUAAAAUUUUACCAAUCAUUGCAAAGUUGAAAUCUGUUGUACCAAACGAUAAAUCUAUGGCUUUGGGUACAAUCUCUGUUAUGUGUGAAGAUUACAAGCUCAGAAAUAUGUUGUUGAAAGAGAAGCUAUUACAGCUUGUCAUGGAACAAUGUUUGAAUGAUGAAAAUAGUGAAAUCAUUGUGGAAUCAUUUGGUUUAUUAAGAAAUUUAGUUAUUGAAGAAGGUUAUGAUGUUGCAAUGUAUUUAUGGAGACAAAAUAUUUGGGUUACUAUUGAAUCGAAUUUUGAAAAGGCCAAAGUUUCAUUUGAUGCUAUUCAAAAAGAUGGACAAAAAUUCAAUAAGAACGAAUCAAGAUUAUUGUUUGAUUAUAUUGAAAACUUGAUCUCUUUGAUUGUUGGUCUAGGAAAUGCAUCUGAUGAUAUUUUUGAACAAAUAUCAAAUAAAGUGGACCCUUUGAUUAAUUUCAUCAAAGAAAUUUUGACAUUUGGAGUUGAUUUAGAGUCAAAAAGCCUAAAGACUUCAGUUUCUUUAUUCAACUCAAUUCUGGAUUUGAUUUAUGAUUUCAGUUCGCAGUCAAUUGAUUUCAUAAAUGGAUUGAAUCAAACAUGGAAUAUAGAUAUUGAGUUACUAGAAAGAUUCUUGAAAGAUGCCAACUUGAAUAAAUUACCAGGUGUUUAUAUUCAAGGUAUUAAGUUACAAAUCCUGGAAGCGUCAGAAUCAACAACCAAUAAAGAUGACGUCGUUGCAGAAAUCAUCAAUAAGAUAAUAUCAGAAGUACAAGAUAUCAAUAUAGAGAAUGCUAGAAAUACUCUUAUUGAAAAGGUGGAUAACACUCAAAACGUCGUCGUUGCAGAUGAUACCAAGAAACGCGCCACAGCAAAAGCUGAACUUCAAGCUAUUGCAUUAGCGAUUGAGUUAAUCACAGCUGCAAUUGAAAUCAUUGCAGUUACCAAAAUGGCGAACGAUGAUAUUGAUCCUGACACACAAAAUGAUGCUCUAUUGGACUGUCUACUUAAUAGAGUACCAGAAGUUUUGAUACAUUUAUUGAAAUAUGAUGAAUUUAGAACCACAAGCUUAACUGCCUUAAACAACUUGAGUUGGUUGUUUGCCACGCUAAGAGUUGCAUUAGAUGAUUGGGCUUUAGUAGCCAAAAACCUAUGGGGUGUUGUUACAGAAAACUUGGGAUCUGACAUUGAAAAUAAAAUAAGUUCUUUUGGUAUCUUAUGGGCCAUAAUAUCUGUUGUUCAUGAACAAAUCAACAUUGAUGACAACUUUGCCAAAUCAGUAUUUACAGAAUUCCAAAACACAUUAAAGGAUACAACUAUAGAUAAUGAUUUGAAAGAGGAAUAUUUGGUGAGAUUGGUUGGCUUCUUGGGUACUUUAGCACAAUUCCAAGGUAAUAUUGAACGUAAUGCUGAAAUUUCACAAUUUUUAUUCCAAGUUUUGAACUCAUUACCAAAUCUCCCAUCAAAAGUUGCCAUUGAAAUUUUAGAUUCUAUUUAUGAAAUUUAUGGCGAUGCGGAAUAUGAUUAUGAUGAACCAGUUUUUGUGCAAAGAAACUAUUUAAAUUCUUUGCAACAACUUACACCAAAGAUCAAGCAUGCUGUCAAAUUGGUUGACAAGAAUGUUGACCCUGAAUUAAAAGCCAAAGGUGAAGACGUUUUUGUUAAUUUAAGUAGAUUUAUUGAUUACAAAAAGAAAGAAAGAAGUUAA